UAGAUUAGUUUACCGUCAAGGCUAACACAGGGAGGACAGAUCUGGCAGAGUAAAUGCGUUUCAUUCAACUUAUUUUCCUUCUCUUCUUCAGUGAUGCCUUUACUUCACCUACGGGAGAUACGUAUAUGACUUAUGACAAGCAUACUGUGCUGAGGAUUUACCCAACUACCGAAGAUGAUGUCCAGUUCCUACGCGAUCUGACGGAUAAAAUCUGCGAGAUUAUGAAGUUUCCUGGUAUCCCUGGUCGUCCAGUAGACGUCAUGUGUCCUCCUGAAGAUAUCGCCAAGUUCAAGGAACUUAUCGCCGAGAAAGGAAUACUUGUCGAAGAGAUUAUUGAUGAUAUGGGAUCUUUGAUCCGUGAGAAAGUAUCCCUGAGUAGUAGGAUGAAACGACAAGUUGCCUCAAUGAACUGGAAUGAUUACCAACGGUAUGAUACUAUUAUAAGAUGGAUGGAAGAAACAGCAUUAGCUCAUCCAACCUUUACAAAACUAAUUGACAUGGGGAGAUCAGUUGAGGGAAGAAAGCUGUAUGUUUUGAAGAUAGGAAUGUCUCCUCUAGGUGAUAACACUAGAGCCGUCUGGCUUGAUGGUGGAAUACAUGCCCGGGAGUGGAUUUCUGUAAGCACUGCCACUUAUAUACUGAAAAACCUGAUAACAAACUUUGCUGCACAGAAUAAGACGGACUGUAGUGAUGAAGUUAUCCGUAGUGUAGAUUGGUAUAUUGCGCCAUUACUAAACCCGGAUGGAUAUGAGUUUACUCAUACGGAUGACAGAUUAUGGAGGAAAAAUAGGCGUGCUCCGCUCACUGGAUCUAGCUGCUAUGGAGUAGAUCUGAACAGGAAUUGGGGUGUAGCUGGUUAUGGGGUUGGGGCCUCUUCAAAAGGGUGCUCAGAAGUAUACCAAGGAACAGCUGAGAAUUCUGAACCCGAAACACAGGCAAUAAUUAACACCAUUCUUAAAUACACAAACAAUAUCCGAGUUUAUGUCAGCCUACACUCCUAUGGACAGUACUGGUUAACAUCCUGGGGUUACAAGAAUGACCUUCCGGAGGAUUAUGACAAGCUGGUCAACCUAGGCAGGAAAGGUGCUACAGCUAUCCGUUGUAUAAAUCCAUCAAGAGUGUACACAGUAGGUUCAGGUGCAGGAGUUCUCUAUGCAGCCGGAGGAGCUAGUGACGAUUACAUGAAGGCUGUUGCUAAAAUCCCAUAUUCCUUCACCAUUGAACUCCCAAAUGAGUUUACAUUUGUGCUGGAUCCUUCUGAAAUAAUACCGGUGGGGAAUGAAGUGUGGGCAGCAAUGAAGGAAAUGGCUAGCGAGGCUGCCCGGCAUCCUCUGGGACCAGAUCCAGCUACAUUCUAACUCGUGUGGGUCAGCUCAAGGGAAUUCUAUAGCAUGCCUUAUUUGUGAAAAAGCGAGUGUUCAGUUUUUUUAAAAUAUCCAUUGGUUGGUUUGGUUUCUGAUCACUUCUGAUUGGUUAAAAUCCAGCCGAUGAGAAAUGACCAAACAAAUCUUUCUUUCUGGAUUAGUGGACAUCAUUAGGGACAUCAUUAGGGACAUCAUUAGGGACAUCAUUAGGGGACAUCAUUAGGGACAUCAUUAGGGACAUCAUUAGGGACAUCAUUAGGGACAUCAUUAAGGGACAUCAUUAGGGAUAUCUUUAAGGAAUAUUCUCCGACUACUUGUGUUCUUUAUUCUCAACCUUUGGUUAAAUUCAAACAACUGAACUAUUCUCAACCUUUGGUUAAAUUCAAACAACUGAACUAUUCUCAACCUUUGGUUAAAUUCAAACAACUGAACUAUUCUCAACCUUUGGUUAAAUUCAAACAACUGAACUAUUCUCAACCUUUGGUUAAAUUCAAACAACUGAACUAUUCUCAACCUUUGGUUAAAUUCAAACAACUGAACUAUUCUCAACCUUUGGUUAAAUUCAAACAACUGAACUAUUCUCAACCUUUGGUUAAAUUCAAACAACUGAACUAUUCUCAACCUUUGGUUAAAUUCAAACAACUGAACUAUUCUCAACCUUUGGUUAAAUUCAAACAACUGAACUAUUCUCAACCUUUGGUUAAUUUCAAACAACUGAACUAUUCUCAACCUUUGGUUAAUUUCAAACAAUUGAACUAUUCGCUAACAAAUUUCACAACAUCCAAAUUCUAACAAAUAAAAAUAGUAUAAGAUUUU